AUUUGCAGCAGGGAGUCAUGUUGCAGUGACAGAUGUGGGGCGGGACUCGACCACUCUCACUGUCCAAACUGUUGCAAAACUUCAGUCUGGGACCAGUAGAUCCAGGAACAAAAAGGGGAAGACAUCAGUUUGUGAGCUUGUGGCGGAUACUGCGACCAUGGCAGAUGAAGCAGCCACGGUGGAGGACGGCGUCAGGCCGGCCCAGAGCCCCUGGUCGAGGUCAGCUUCCAGAAAAACGUCCAAAGGGUCCAGAAGUACCUGGAGGCGGAACCCAAGGCCCUGGGGGUCACUCAGAUCGGCCUGAGUGUGUUUCAGAUCGUCUGUGUGGCCGUGUUUCUGGCCAAAGGCCUGAGUCACAUAGGUAUCGACAUCGCCUUCUUCAUUUCAUCUCUACUGGUGGUGAUAGCCGGGAGUGUGGCUGUCGCAGCACAGAACCUCCAUCUGCCAACGCUGAGAGCCUGUCUGGGGAUGCAGAUUGUGGCGAGUGGCGCGUCCCUGUUCAACCUGAUCUGUUGUCUGAUUAAAAUGGACGACUCACCCGUCUACUGCUGGCACUAUCACUACGACAACAGCACACUUCGAUUUGGCUUAAUCUG